AUAAAAUGUACAUGCAUAAUAAUUUGGAGCAUGGUUUGCAAUUUCAAUGACAUUUUUUACAAGGACUAUUACAAAAAAACGGAUUAUCUGGAUGAGAUGUCAAAUUGUGUGACUGAGUGCAUCAGGCUGCCGUUAAUAUAGCUCCACCAUUAUGUAGAUUAGCCCUUUUCCCCUGAGUGCACCUUCACCAUUUAGAGCUUUCAUUCGCAGAAAUGUUUAUGGGAGAACACACACGCACGUGCACACACACACGUUUGUACAUCUGCACUUUCAAUCAUUGUUUUGUGUGUGUGUUCCUCAUGACAAACACACAUUUGUGAUGACAUGUUGAUUUAGUUCAACUAAUCACAUGCACAGUUAUGCAUGCACGGCCCACCCCCUGACACAAAUACACACACACAAACACACGCACGCACACACACCAAGGUUAUUCACUGUUUUUUAGGUCCAUGCUAAUUAAGGUCUCCUGCACUGUGGUUUGGGGUGAGUGAGUGAGUGAGUGAGUGAGUGAGUGAGUGAGUGAGUGAGUGAGUGAGUGAGUGAGUGAGUGAAUUUUUGAGCAGCAGCACCAGCUGCUUGUUUUGAAUGAAAGCCUUGUGAUCAGUGCUCUCUUCAGAUGAAGUAUUUAAUUCCUGAAGGAGGGCAGAAGAAGAUGGACACACAGUCCAUCUAUAAACAGGCGUCCUCUUGAAGGUGUAUGUGUGCACACUAUCAUUUGAUACGAUGAACUAAGAGCGACACUGUUUAGCUUUGUGUUUCCUGCUUGGAGCCAACACACGCUGGUGUUCUGGAAAAACAUUUCAUAAGAAGCAGUCACAGAAAGACUCUUACCUUAACAUGAGAGUGCACCAGCAUGAUCUGCAAUCAUUGUAAUUGGUGCACUUGUAGGAAUUAUACAGACAAUCUGGAAAUCGUCAUUUCUCUGAACACUGUAGCAAUGCUGAGAAAUUUGGCCCGGGGGGAUUUGUAGUCUAGUGGUUUGCAUAUGCAGGCUCAUUUCCUGGCCGAUGCCCCAUUCGCAGUUGCCCUGCAAUACUGGCAGUGAGCUGUCUGUCUCUCAGCUUAUGUAAACUGGAAAUUGCUCUUGAUCCCCCUGCAAGCUUGAACAGGAUAGCCAACCUAAAAAAUGUUCUGCCUUGAUUCUGGGGUAUUGAGUAAUGGUGGUUCUAUUGAUGGCAAUUAUUAAGCCAUUAUUUGAAAAUUCUCAGGAAGGCUUUUCCCAGGUGUGUGGGUUCUUCCCUGCAUGACAUUGUCGCCGGUGCAUGUGUGUUGAUGGCUAUCCAGCUGGAACAACAACAAGAAAGUGAAACACGGGCAAGGUUGAUGGAGGCAGUAAGACCCUGAGGAUGAGCAGAGCGAUGGGGGUGGGAGGAGGAGGAGGUGGCAAGAGGAGGAGGAGAGAGCGCGCGUUCACUCUGAGCUUUGCGAGCCGCUGCUCGUGGUGUCAGUGCACUAGUGUGUGUUCCAGCCUGCUGCUGCGAGUGCGAGCAUCACCGCGUCGCCGCGUGCGCCAAUGCGUGUGUGACCCCGGCGCUCUCUCUGCGUACGACAGGUGGAGAUGACAUGACCGCGUUCGAGAGGCAGAAGGGGAAGGACCUACGAGGUCAGCAAGUGUUACUGCGUCCGGAGGAGAGUUCUGCUCCUAGCCUGACAAGCAGACAGUCCACCACGUUUUCUGAACAGGUCCAGGAUGCUCUGCUGCAGCUGGCAGCCGUUGUCGAUGUGCGCUCGCUGCGAGUGGCCCUUCGAGAUGGCGUACAGACGCUGUUACCCCACACGGAGUGUGUAUGUGUGUACACACUAGAUGGAAACUCAAGGUUGCUGUCGGACGACCCGCCGCACGAGCUGCCACAGGAGGGCAAGAUCAGGAGUGUUGUCGAGCAGCUGAAGCGAUGUCAGUGUGCCGGCUUUCCCUCAUCGGAAGUGCCCGAAAAAUACAAAACUUCUCUUGCAGCCCCACUAAAGGCACACCAAAGAGCUGUUGUUAUUCCUAUCUUGGAUCAAGAGCGGACCAAGGCCAUCGCUGUCUUACUGGUGGGCUGUAGUCCUCUCUCCGAUCAAGAUGAAGCGCAUCUUAGCACGCUGGAAAAACAUGCCUCGGUGGCAUGCGUCCGCGUCCAUCUGGUUCAGGCGUCCUACCAGAGGCCCCCACUCAGCCCCUCUCCCAUUCAAUCCCACAAUGCACUGCUACACCUCAAUGUCUCGGACCAGGACUACAGCGAGUUGGACCGCAACAUCCUCCAACUUUGUGGUGAGCUUUAUGACCUUGACGCAGCGUCUCUCCAGCUCAAAGUCAUCAAUUAUCUGCAGCAGCAGACUCGGUCACAAUGUUGUUGUCUGCUGUUAGUGUCUGAGGACAACCACCAGCUUUUUUGCCAGGUAGUCGGAGACAAAGUUCUGGAGGAGGAGAUCAGUUUCCCGCUGAUGUUUGGACGUUUCGGUCAGGUUGUCGAGAAGAAGAAGCCAAUUACGCUUCAAGACAUCAGUGCUGAGGAGCGUAGGCAGCUGUCCAGUAUGUUGGCCUGUGAGAUCUCCUCCAUGCUGUGCGUCCCCGUUGUGAGCAGGGCUACGGGCCAAGUGGUGGCUCUGGCGUGCGCCUUCAACAAGCAGGGUGGACAGAGACACACGGAGGCGGACGAGUACGCCAUCCAACACUGUUUCUGCUACACUUCAACGGUCCUCACCUCAACUUUGGCCUUCCAGAAGGAACAGAAACUGAAAGUAGAAUGCCAGGCACUCUUGCAAGUGGCCAAAAAUCUCUUCACACACUUGGAUGAUGUGUCAGUGCUCUUACAGGAAAUUAUAGUGGAGGCCAGGAACCUCAGUGAUGCAGAGAUCUGUUCGGUGUUCUUGCUGGAUCGCCAUAGCCACGAGUUAGUGGCCAAAGUGUUUGACGGUGGUGUGGUUAGUGAUGAAGAGAAGGAAUUCCGUAUCCCAGCAGAUCAGGGUAUUGCAGGCCAUGUGGCGACCACAGGUCAAAUCCUGAACAUUAAGGACGCCUACUCCCAUCCUCUUUUCUAUCGUGGUGUGGACGACAGUACCGGUUUCAGGACUCGCAACAUCCUCUGCUUCCCCAUCAAAGAUGAGAACGAUGAGGUGAUCGGGGUUGCUGAGUUGGUGAAUAAAAUGAACGGGCCGUGGUUCAACCGCUUUGAUGAGGAUUUGGCCACGGCUUUUUCCAUCUACUGUGGUAUUAGCAUUGCCCAUUCGUUGCUGUACAAGAAGGUCCAUGAAGCACAGUUCAGAUCUCACCUGGCCAAUGAAAUGAUGAAGUACCAUAUGAAGCUUUCAGAGGACGAGGUGUGUAAACUGCUGGUAGUAGGAAUUGAGCCGGUAAAGAAGAUCCAUCCUUGCUUUGCUGAGUUCACCUACACGCCGCGCUCGCUACCUGAUGACACCACACCGAUGUGUGUCCUCAGCAUGUUUGAAGACAUGGGUUUCAUCAACACGUACAAGAUCGAUAGGCAGACUCUUGCCAGGUUUUGUUUAAUGGUCAAGAAAGGUUACAGGGACCCGCCCUACCACAAUUGGAUGCACGCAUUCUCUGUCUCCCACUUCUGCUACCUGCUCUACAAAAACCUUGGGCUAUCCAACUACCUCGAGGAUAUAGAGAUUUUAGCUCUCUUUGUCUCCUGUCUGUGCCAUGACCUGGAUCAUCGCGGGACCAACAAUUCAUUCCAAGUGGCCUCGCAAUCUGUGCUGGCUGCUCUCUACAGCUCAGAGGGAUCUGUGAUGGAGAGACAUCAUUUUGCACAGGCCAUUGCCAUUCUGAAUACUCAAGGCUGUAACAUUUUUGAGAAGUUCUCCAGAAAGGAUUACCAGCGCAUGCUCGACUUGAUGAGGGAAAUCAUUCUGGCUACAGACCUGGCUCAUCACCUUCGCAUAUUCAGAGACUUACAGAAGAUGGCUGAUGAUGGCUAUGAUCCUAAAAGCAGUACCCACCACUCCUUGCUGCUGUGCCUGCUGAUGACAUCAUGUGACCUGUCAGACCAAACCAAGGGCUGGAAAACCACUCGCAAGAUUGCUGAACUUAUCUAUAAAGAAUUCUUCUCUCAAGGAGAUCUGGAAAAAGCCAUGGGGAACAGGCCCAGUGAGAUGAUGGACAGAGAAAAAGCAUACAUCCCAGAACUACAGAUCAGCUUCAUGGAGCACAUCGCCAUGCCCAUUUACAAGCUGCUGUCUGAACUACUUCCUGGGGCCACUGAGCUCUACGAAAGAGUGGCGGCGAAUCGAGAGCAGUGGACCAAAGUGUCCCACAAGUUCACCAUCCGGGGGUUGCCUAGCAACAACAGCCUAGACUUCUUGGACCAGGAAUAUGAGCUACUGCAGUCCCAGGGCGCUUUCGGGAGCGACCACCUCUGCCUUAACGGCUGCCUUGACGAUUGUGAAGGGGGGCACGGACAGUGACACUAGUAGCCCAUCUUCAGGGUCAUGAAGUUGUUUUUUUUGUGGUCCAAUAAAGAGGCUGAGGACAGCUUUUAGUGGCCUGAGAGGGAGGAGGUCGGUCACUUUGAAGCUUAGCAGCCAUGCAGGACGGACAGAACAACAUUUCUAAAAAAUAAUCCAAUGAGACGAUCGAUCGGAAACGUCUGAAGUGGUUUUUGGUGAUCACAUGCUUCAUGUUGCUCAUGUGCCCAGUUCUUGAGCGCAGAAGUCGGUGCAGUGACAACUUCAACGAGAUGUUUUACAAGUUCAUACGUGCAGUACUCAUCCUGAUUAAGAUUGUACAAACACAAUGACACACAUGAACGUCUGUCUUUACAGAAACCUUCGGGGGGGAUAUGUUGUCAUGCAAACAUAAAGUGCUUAUUAUUUGAGUGUCAUGUUCCAUGAUGGUGGAUAUUGAUUUGAAUCACAGCGUUGUUCGCACACAAGCGACUGCCAUCAAUUUAAGAAUGCUUGUGAAGUUGUUGUUUUUUUACGUCACUAUUAAUUUAUUCAAAAUGACAACGCAGUCUAUGUUUCCAUAUAAUAGGAAUAUUUUUAUAUUGAAUAGUUGGAAUUAAAUAAUAGAGCAUUUCAUUCCUACAUUGCCACAAAAAUCCACAAGGGCAAUUUGCUUCGACUUCUCAAGCCUUUGGGCAAAACAGGUUGACAAUCACUCCCCUACUACCGUCAUAGUACAUUAAAAAAAAAAUGAAAUUCAAACGCUACCACAAUUUAUUUAAUAAUGUCUUCACCAUCACUUGCCAACUUUUUUCUUACUAUCCUCCCAAAAUCAAUAUAGAUGAUAAAGCCCUUUAAACGAUCCAUCCCACCUGUCGUGUAAAUGAGCCAUAGCUGAGUGUGCUCCACCAAGUGUGUCAUAUGGAUCUGCCUUAUUGUGCAUCUUUGCUGCCUUUCUUAGAGCUUUUAAUAUAUACCAACUGAAACAUAAGAGCCUGUUUAUUAUUGUGUAUUUGUUAUAGGCAUAGCUUGACUAUCAGUGUGUUGACGGAAGGACCACCACACUCAAGACAAUGUAGAUUUGUGAAAUAACCUUUGUAAAGACAGUUGUCAUUUCACCUGUUUUGGUUUCAAAUAUCAAGUCAUCAUUUGGCUGUUAUUACUGGUCAAGUGUUGUCAGUGAGGU